AUGGCUCUGCAAAUCGAUGUCGCCGAAUUUGGUGGCCUAGUGGCCGAGGGCAUACUAUAUGGCAUCUACUUAUCACUGUUCGGUUAUUCUGGUUACCUGCUCGUCUCUCGAAGGAAACGGGGCGAGCUCAUCAGCUAUCCGAUGUUGCUCGUGGCGCUGUUGAUGUUUCUUCUGGUCACCGGGCAGAUCAUUGCCGAUACUUUCAACUUAUUCGUCGCGUUCUUCCACCACGACACGCGCGAGGAACGUAUCAAAUAUUUGGAAGACGUUUCGCAGCAGCUCUUUGCAUGGAAGCAUAAUAUCUUGAAUGCUACGCUCCUUGUCGGUGACUUAUUUGUGUGCUAUCGCUGCUAUAUCAUAUGGGGAAGGGAUUUGCGUGUCAUUGCGCUACCGCUGUCCCUGUCUGCCGCAAGCGUCGCAUGUGGGAUUCAAGUGACUUGGGCAACCCAGCAUCUCGCAUCGACCACGGUCAAAGCACAGACUAGUUGGAUCACUGCGCUCUUCACGCUCAGCCUGUGCGCCAACGCUAUAUCGACAUCUCUCCUUGCCUUCAAGAUCUGGCAAGUCGACAGAGCGGCCAGACGGUUUAUGGCAGGAUCUGGAUCGUCUCUCGUCCCAGUUCUCCGGAUCGUCGUCGAGUCAGGUGCCAUGAAUGCCGCGUACCUCUUCGUCUACACCAUGACGCUCGUUACGGGGACGGAAGCACUUGAGACCAUGGCCGAGAUGGCAACGGCUGUGAUUUCAAUCAUCGCGACGCUGCUCAUUAUUCGUGUUCAAACCAAUGCUGAGCGCGAAGCACGCUACACCACUGGGCGUGCGGUGAGCACGUUCCGCGCUGGUCCCCGCAAAAACGAGCUAUCGGGGCAAGUCAAAACCAUCAGUACCGACGGCACUCUGGAAGGAACGCAAUCUCCGAGUCAAUCUGCAGAUCUGAACGUAAUUGCAGUAUGA